AUGAAAACCCAACGAGGAGACCCGAGGGAGGCAUGGGCGGAGAACAGUACCGUCAUGGUCUCAGACCCCGAGAGGAGUCCCCCAGAGCUGCGAGAGAGCCAUCUCAGGGCUCGCAGUGCAUCACUUCCUGGCAUUUUUCUGUUCACAGAGCCCGCAGAGAAGGGGGGAUGUCGAAAUGUGAUGGGGCUAGUCACCAGAGCAGACGAAGCAGCAAAAAGUUCGGACGAUGCGGUCGGCGCUAGCCCGCUGAGGCUUGGCUUCGACUGCGAAAAAAGUUCCACUCCAGCAGCCUCAACUCCUCUCUACCACCAUCACCACCUCCCUCUCCUCCCUUUGACGCCCUUCAUCCGUCACAAUGGGCCAUUAGGCCUCCAGGGCCUCCAGCUCCAUUCGACUCGGGCCUUCCAAACAACGGCUCUGGUUCGCGAGGAAGCCCAGACCGAAACUAAGAGCCAGCCUUUUCACAAAAACCCCGAUCCGGAAUUGGUGUCAAGUCCUCGGUUGGAACGGAAAUUGUUACGGCAGGGCAUUUCCCCCAUUGGUUCUCGUCGACGUCGUGCCGCAUUACAGUCCUCGGCCAACAUCCCCUUCGAACAACUGCCGUACCAAUGUUUCCAGGAGGCACGCAAAGUGCUGAUUGCCGACCGGGAGGAGAAGUUGAAGGAAAUGACGGCAAUGGCGGAGAAGAUCGCUCGACUCCAGGCUAUCCCUACGGAAGAAGCGGGCGGGGAGCAAGUGAGAAAGUCUAAGCUCCGGGCUAUGGAGCUCCAUCUCGAGCACCUGAAGGUCCUGGCGGAUGUCAAUGAUCCGCUGGUGAAAAAGAGAUUCGAAGAUGGACAGGGUGACAUGAACAAACCCAUCUAUCGUUACCUGGCCGAUCGGAAAUGGAGGGAAUAUCGACGUAAGAUCUUGGUGCAACGGAUCACGCAGAUGAAGGUCAUCCCCGACGUCCUCCCUCAUUGCGACCCUGUGGCGGACACCAAGCUUUACUUUGGUCGAAACGCGGUUCAGCCUGGAGAGUUCGUCAACUCGCAGCUGAGCAUGGUGGCUCCUAAGCUGGAUGUGCAGCUAUUCGAACGGGGCGAGAAACUCGUCACUAUUGCUGUUGUGGACCCGGAUAUCCCCAAUGUCGAGAAGGACGGUUUCGAUUACAAGAUGCAUUACCUAGCCGUCAACAUCCCCAUCUCGGCCACGUCGACCAAGGUUGACCUCACCAAGCUUUCGACUGAGUCCCAGGUGGUCCUGCCAUGGGUACCCCCCGUUGCUCAGAAGGGCAGCCCCUACCAUCGACUGUCCGUGUUCAUCAUGGAACAGAAAGAGUCGAAACCAUUGGACUUCGCCGCCGUCAAGGCCAGGGAGACGGACCGCGACAACCUGCUCCUACGAACCCUGCAGGCUCGGUACCAUCUGAAGGCCAUUAGCGCGCAUUUGUUCAGGACCCAGUGGGACGAGACCAUGGCAGACGUGAUGAAGCAAAUCGGCUAUCCGGAUGUGGACAUGGAACUUCGCCGGAAGAGGCCCGAGGCCCUGCCUUACAAGAGGAGAAACCCUUCAACCUUCCGGUGA